UCGUCUGUAAAGCAAAGCAGAGAGAGAGAGAGAGAAAGAAAGAGAGACAGAGAGGAACAAACAGCGUGAAGACUUAAUAAAGCGUGCAUUUUAUCAGACGGUGAUUCUGCAACAUUUCGCAAGAAGAAAGCAGAGCACCCAAACUUUGCUUUACUUUAAAAGUUCACUUAUGUUCUGGUAACUUUGGAGGUGAAGUUGUAUCGGUAGCGGCUCUGAGGAGUCUCCAGCUCGGCGCAGAAGAAGAGUCGGUGGUCGGUAGUCGGUCGGUCGGUUCUGCAGGAAUGUCGCAGAAAGAGAGACCGAAGUUUUACCGUCAGGAGGUCAACAAGACCAUCUGGGAAGUCCCGGAGAGAUACCAAACCCUGUCCCCGGUGGGCUCCGGAGCCUACGGAUCCGUGUGUUCUGCGUAUGAUUUGAAGACUGGUUUGAAGAUAGCUGUGAAGAAGCUCUCUAGGCCAUUUCAGUCCAUCAUCCACGCCAAGAGAACGUACAGAGAGCUGCGGUUGCUGAAGCACAUGAAACACGAAAAUGUGAUUGGCCUCCUAGAUGUCUUCAGUCCUGCUACUAGUCUGAAGGAAUUCACUGAUGUGUAUCUUGUGACUCACUUAAUGGGGGCAGAUCUCAACAACAUAGUGAAAUGUCAGAAACUCACAGAUGACCAUGUGCAGUUCCUCAUUUACCAGAUCCUCAGAGGGUUAAAGUAUAUCCACUCAGCAGACAUCAUACACAGAGAUUUGAAACCCAGUAAUCUGGCGGUGAAUGAAGACUGUGAGCUGAAGAUUUUGGACUUUGGUUUGGCGCGGCACACUGAUGAUGAGAUGACCGGCUACGUGGCUACCCGCUGGUACCGCGCCCCAGAGAUCAUGUUGAACUGGAUGCAUUACAACAUGACAGUGGAUAUUUGGUCAGUGGGCUGUAUAAUGGCAGAACUCCUCACUGGAAAAACUCUGUUUCCUGGAACUGAUCACAUUGAUCAGUUGAAGCUAAUCAUGCUGCUCGUCGGAACACCAGGGCCCGAGCUCUUGAUGAAAAUAUCUUCAGAGUCUGCCAGGAACUACAUCAGCUCCUUGCAACACAUGCCUAAGAGGAACUUUGCUGAUGUGUUCAUUGGUGCUAACCCACAAGCUGUGGACCUUCUGGAGAAAAUGCUGGUUCUGGACACAGACAAACGGAUAACAGCAGCCGAGGCUCUGGCUCACUCCUACUUCGCUCAGUACCACGACCCAGACGACGAGCCCGAAGCCGAGCCGUACGACCAGAGCUUUGAGAGCCGUGAGCUGGAGAUUGAAGAGUGGAAACGAUUAACCUAUGAGGCGUUGUGUAGUUUUGAGCCGCCUCUCUUUGACGAGGACGACAUGGAGUAAGGAGACGUGCUACCCACAUCGAAUCCAGCCUGCGACAAUUUGAAACAACCUCGAUCAUGUGCAUUAGUGUUAAAAAAAUCCUCUCAGACACACUUGUAUCAGAGUGCCUACCAGCCUUUCUUUCAGUCUUUGUUAACCGAGAAAAGAUUGCCCACCAUUAGCUCUUGUGAGGAGAUCAUUACCAGCGUAUGGAAAGGAAGAGCUCGACCAGUUAUCAUUAUUCUUAUUUAUGAACCACUAAUGUUGAUGGUCUGUUGCUGGGAAAUGGCGCUUCUUGCCAAUAGCUGAAAUCAUUUUGUAUUCUUCAGAUUUUUUUAAAUUUAGACUUGUCACUGUGACACUGAGAUGCUGAAACACCUGGACCUAUAGCUGUGCUAUUCUGUGUUUUUAAACUUUCUAUUGAGUAACUUAUGAAUAAGCUUCUGUCCAUCUAUUGAAAAAGGAAUAUGCUCGUCUACCACUCGCCCUGCCAAGCUGUCACAUGUAUUAAUUGUUCCUAUAUUUAAAAAGAGAUCACUCUGAAGGGUUUCAUAUCUGACAGAAGUAGAUUUGAUGUUUUUAGGUAGAUGAUAAUUUGAGAAUGUGCCUGUUCUAUGUAGUCACUGACCUUCAGUGCUCACCAACCGAAUUUCACACAUUUUAAUGUUUGUUUUGAUAGUUUAUGCUCUGUGAGACGCCGAUACAUAUUUUGGCUACACAGAAACAAUCUGAGCCUCUGCUGUUUUAAGGACAGUGCUAUUCAACAAGGCACCUAAGAAGUAGGAAAAAAAUAUUCAUAAGUACAUGCUCUACUCAAAAACUAUGUAAAUAUCUGUGCGUUAUUUUUUAAAUCUCUGACUUAUUGUGCUUAUGUCAUGAAGCAAUCACUUUUAGUAUGUACAUCAGUUAAAGACUUUGUGUGCGUUUGCGAGAGUGUGUUUGUUGGUUUACAGGAAUUUUAAGUGUCAUGCUAAAACCUCUAAUAGAAAUACUGCUUCAAUGUGUAAAAGAGGGAUUUCAGUUGUAUUUAUACUUUGUGGAGGUGGUAUUUAUAAACAACAAUCGAAAGAUCCCUUAAACUAUUUUCAGUCCAGCAGAGUAACUACUAUCUUCAUCUUUGUUUAACAAAAUAAAGACUUAUUUUUAAGAGA